AAAAGAAAUGAGAACAUGCACAUGAUCACAAGUUAAAUGUACACAUGUGACACCAAAUACAAUACCAAUAUCAGUAUCAAGAGGAUUCAAGACCUAUUGGUAUUCUUGAUCUCCAACGAGAGAAUAUAUAACAGUCUUUUGAAGAAACAGACCCAACCAGAAUCACCAAUGGAUCAAAAACUGCUGAAAAUCCUGCAGGACUGCAAGUCUCUGAAACAACUGAAACAGACCCACCUUCAGAUAUUCAUCCAUGGGCUACAACACAGCAGCUUUUUGCUUCCCAAGCUCCUCACUCUCUCCUCGCAACUGGGUUUUCUUCAUUACGCUUAUUCCAUUUUCCAAACUUGUUGCUCCCCCAAUGUUGUGGCUUACAACACAAUCAUAAAAUGCUUGAUAGGAAAGACCCGAGUAGACGCAUUGCGAGUCUACGAUCAAAUGAAGACGUUAAGGAUUGUGCCGAAUAGUUAUACUUUCACUUUUCUUCUCAGGUGUUUUGAAUCUUUUGAGGCCCUUGAUGAUGGGAAAGUGGUUCAUGGCGACAUUGUCAAGCUUGGUUUCGGCUCCAGCGUCUUUGUUCAGAACACCCUUUUGGAUUUCUACGCCAAAUGUGCAGGCGGUUUUGAGUUUGGUUCCGCACGCCAGGUGUUUGAUGAAAUGCCCGAGAGAGAUGUGGUCUCUUGGAAUUCCAUGAUUGCUGCUUAUAUGACUCGUGGUAGGAUAGAGCCUGCAAUGAGGUUGUUUCAUUCGGUGCCGAAGAAGAACAUUGUGACAUGGAACUCCGUUGUUUCUGGUCUUUCCAAGGCCGGAAACAUGGAGUUGGCUCAUUCGGUUUUUGAGGAAAUGCCAGAAAGAAAUGAUGUUUCCUGGAAUUCAUUGAUCACUGCUUAUAUGCGGUUGGGUGAUAUGAGCUCAGCUAGGUGUCUGUUUGAACAAAUGCCGGAGAAAACAGUGGUUUCUUGGACCGCCAUGGUGUCUGGAUACACCGCCAUUGGAGAUGUUGAAUCAGCCAGGAACAUGUUCAGUCAGAUGCCGGUUAAAAAUGUUGUAUCCUGGAAUGCUAUGAUUGCAGGUUAUGUUCAUAACCGCAUGUUUGAUCAAGCUCUUUCUGUUUUCCGCAAGAUGUUGAUAGAUGGCAAGUGCAGGCCUGAUCAGAGUACUUUGAUCAGUGUACUAUCGGCAUGUACUCACUUGGGUUCUCUUGAACAUGGAAAAUGGAUCGAGUCUUAUAUUAAGAGAAACAAGUUUGACAUGUCUGUACCUUUAGGAAAUGCUCUAAUAGACAUGUUUGCAAAGGGUGGAGAUGUAGAAAAUGCAAAAGCUGUUUUUGAUGAGAUGGAACAAAGAUGUAUAAUUACAUGGACGACAAUGGUUUCAGGUCUAGCUGUUAAUGGGUGGUGCAGGGAAGCAUUAGCUCUCUUUGAAACAAUGUGUUUAAGCGGACAUAAACCAGAUGAUGUGAUUUUCAUUGCUGCUCUAUCAGCUUGCACUCAUGGAGGGCUGGUAGACGAGGGCAAAAGAAUUUUUUAUCAGAUGGAACACGAGUUUGACAUCAAGCCCCGAAUAGAGCAUUAUGGGUGCAUGGUUGAUCUUCUAGGUAGAGCUGGGAAGUUGGAAGAAGCACUCAGGUUUGUAGAAAACAUGCAUUUGGAGCCAAAUGCUGUAAUUUGGGCCAGUCUACUGGGUUCCUGUAAGAUUCAUGGAAAUGGAGAUCUGGUGGAGUCUGUAACCAGGCGGAUUAUAGAGCAGGAACCGGAAAAUCCCAGCUAUUUAACUCUAGUUUCCAAUUUGAGUGCAUCAGUCGGACAGUGGAAAGAUGUGCUGAUCUAUCGGCAAGUUAUGAGACAACAGGGAAUAGAAAAGGUUCCUGGUUGUAGCUCAAUCCAAAUGGGGAACAAGAUAGAUGAAUUUCUUGCCCACGAUACAAGGCAUGAGGAAAGAAAAGAAAUUUAUGGAGUUUUGAAUUGUUUAAAUGAACAGGUGUCAGCAGUUUCUGAUGGACUAUGAACAUAUGACAAUGGUCUCGUACACAAUGAUCCACCCUAUGUGAUGUAUGGGAAGAAAUAUUGAUGAUAUAAAGGAGUGGCACUGUAUGUGAAUGCCCCAAGCAUUUCUGGCCAAUCUUCUGAAGAUCAGAUUUGAAGAUAGAAUCAGAAAAGCACAUUAUGAAAGACAUCUUCGUGUAGAAGCAAGAAACAUGUCUUGUGAAAGAACAGGUAUUGGAACAAAUUCUUUUGUCAGUGAUUGGAAGCAACGCUCUGAUAAGGCAAAUAUAUCUUCACAGAAGAAAGGGUUGAAGCAGUGGAAGGAUGAUAAUGAAGCUAACAGGCAGUGUGUUCUUUCAUCAAUGAGACGUCUACCAUGGUCCACAGCCUUGGGAGCAGUGGGACUGCAAUAGCUUUCAAUUGAAUACUAAUAAGUUUUGUGGAGCGCCCGAUCAUUACUGUACUAAUGCUUGGCCGCUUACAAAAUCCCUCCUUCUGAGCCGGCCACCAGAUAAAAUAACAGUGAACACUUUGUGCAAUUGAGAACAAGUAAGUUCAGAUGUUCAUGAAUUAGUUUUGGGAUAUACGUCAAUUGUAUAUUUUUCUCCCUCCCUCUCUCUCGUUCUCUUCUGUACAAGAUGGUGAUUGACAUACAAAUUGUAUUUGUCUAUCAAAUUAAUGUUGGAGAAACUCUAAUUUUCCUCAGGUUUGCAGGGCUUUCUUUUGGUGUCAUUGCAAUAAUUAUUUAGUUCCAACGUUGAUGUGUAUACAUUAGACUGCAAAUAGGUGUUUUUAUUUUUAUUUUUUUAUAUUGUGAUAAGUAGAGAAGCUUGGAUUAACGUGCAAGUUUUUAUACCGUAUUUGUCUAACAUUUCUUUGAUGGAGUGACAAAUGACGAUAGAUGUCUUAAAUUUUUAAGUCUCCAAAAUUUGGGUAGUCUGGUAGAACAAUAUUUCUAAACUCAGUAAAUAUCUGCUUUGCUAAUCAGUUUAUAUUUUUGUGUUCAGAGUCACAAUGAUCCUCAAACAAAAAGAAAAGGUCAAGGAUGCAUAUGUUCUUUACUUUAUGUAAAGCUUCAUUCCAAAUUAAGUAGGUCCUUUGGGUGGCAAAAUUGCAUUUGCUUUAUACUUCUGGCAAGAUGUGAUGUUUCACUUCACCGAAUCCUAUUUUCCAACUUUCAAUUAUCCACACUUUGGUUUUUAGGUGGACAUUCUUCCUUGCUUGCGCAAAUACAAGAUAGCUUACAGGCUUAUAACUUAUUUAUUCUAGUGUGCAUAUUUGGUCAAAAUUGAUGGUUUUUCUUUUCGUGAGUGAUUUGUCUUAUGAGCUGUAGUAUAGAAUUAUCAGCAGACUAUACUGAAUCUCAUUGUAAUAUGAUGAGUUUCCACUACUAUGGAAGGAUGUGAUGCAUAAUCAUGCAUUAGCAUUACUUGAUUAUAUUCAUUAUGUUCAUUACUUGUUUCAUUAAUUAUGCAAUAUGAUGUGUUUCCACCGGUAUGGAAGGAUGUGAUGUAUUAGCAUUACUUGCUUAUAUUUGUUAUGAUCAGUACUUGUCUCAUUAAUUAGUGCCACGCAUUCAGAAUAUGUUAUCGUGGUGCAGCAAAACAUGACCUUUACAGAACUGCCAUAUCUGCUACUUUGGCUUCGAAUGGGAACAGUACAAAAGUAAAGUAUACCAUAAAAAAAAUAUAUAUGUAUAUAUAUAUCAUAAGAUUAUACCAUGAAAUACAUAUACCGUAAGGUAGCUUUGAAGUGAUUAGUGCUGUUUCAGUGUUUUGAGAUAGCUUGCGGGCUCUGAUACACUACUGUAUUUUCUGGAUCCUUGGUGUGCACAGAUUAUCCUCAAUAUUAUUGUAAUGCAGGUUACGCAGCUUCUGAAUGUGAUAUAAUUCCACUAUUUCAGAAAGAUGUGAUAGUCUUUCGUUUCCAUUAUUCAUUCGUGUUAUUGAUAUUCAUUAAAGCUGCCAUGUCUGCAGAGUGAAGUAGCUUUUCUGAAGUUAUUGAUCCUGUGUUAGUGCUUUAAGAUAGCUUUAAUGGCUCUGUUAUAUAUAUUCUGUUCCACUACUUGUGUAUUUUUCAGAUAUCCCUAAGACGUCGAUCACCUCAAUUCCUCAUUCGCAGGAUCUUUUCCUUUUCUGAUCAAUGAGAGAAAAGGGGCACUUACGCAAAAUGAUACUGUCUAAUGGAAUCUUAGAAUGAAGUUGGCAUCCAUAUAGGCUAUUAUGUUCUGGUCCCUAAAUGUGGAUGAACACUGUGCUUGAUGUUGCAAAUAAA